AUUGGCUUCGGGAGGGCGCUCCGAGGCUAGGGGGAAGGAGAAGGGAUCAGGAGCGGGAGCUGGGGGGAGGGAGAGGCCGGUCCGGGUCUGGCCGCUACCGCUGCUCGCCCGAGGUGUUCAGGCCGGACUGCGGCUCCGUCCUCGGCUUCUGGACACCGUCUGCGAGGCUCCGCCGACCAGAGUGAGAGAGCCGCGGGCGGCAACCGCCGCAUCAUGUCAGCCAAGGACGAGCGGGCCAGGGAGAUCCUGAGGGGCUUCAAACUAAAUUGGAUGAACCUUCGGGAUUCUGAGACAGGGAAGAUACUCUGGCAAGGAACAGAAGACCUGUCUGUCCCUGGUGUGGAGCAUGAAGCCCGUGUUCCCAAGAAAAUCCUCAAGUGCAAGGCAGUGUCUCGAGAGUUGAACUUUUCUUCAGCAGAACAAAUGGAGAAAUUCCGCCUGGAACAAAAAGUUUACUUCAAAGGGCAAUGCCUAGAAGAAUGGUUCUUCGAGUUUGGCUUUGUGAUCCCUAACUCCACAAAUACCUGGCAGUCCUUGAUAGAGGCAGCACCCGAGUCCCAGAUGAUGCCAGCAAGCGUCUUAACUGGGAACGUUAUCAUAGAAACAAAGUUUUUUGACGAUGAUCUUCUUGUAAGCACAUCCAGAGUGAGACUUUUCUAUAUUUGAGAGAAGAAUAUGUGCACAUUUCAAGAAUUUGAGUUUUUUGAAGAGAGGAGGAAACCGUUUACUUUUUUCCUCCACACGUUUGAGUUUUGACAUCUCCACCCCUAAUUCCUCAAUGGCAGAACCCACCUGCGACCACCAGGGGACCAGCUUUGUGUAGGUAACCAGAUGGCUCCUUUCCCCAAGCUGCCAUCUUCCGCUGACCAGACUAAACUUCCAACCCCAGACCAGGGCAGGGGAUGGGUCUUGACUCUUUCCUAGUGUAAAGGCAGGGGAACCAACACACCACAAGCUAAUACUCUACCUGUCACCCUCCCUGUCUCCUCCUUGGGCUCUGCAGGCUACACUUCUUCUUUUGGCCCUGGUUUUGGAAAAAUUCAUGUUCCUGACCCAUGUUUAGUUUUUUCCUACCCUUUCUAUUUCAUACAUUCUCAUACAUUUAACUUGUAAAAUAGACUGUGAUAUUAUAAUUAUGUAAUGUAAUUAAAACAUAUGAAUUAAAAUAUUCCUACAGUCUUUAACAUGGCA